UUAUCAGGCAGCACAUAUGACACAUCUGUCUGAACUGUUCUUCCUUUGCCCCCUCCUGCACACAUCGAGCCCCUUCCAGACGACCAUGGUUUUCACUACUAAAGACAUCCGCUCUGAGGGUCUACAAGCACCCACGUUAUGUCUCUGAUUAUACCAACAGAAGUGGACCUCCAGCCUGGCACCACAGCAUCUCUGCAUUGUCUGAACACAGAGCCUGCAGCUGGGAUGCAAUAGAAAGAAGUGACCUUUGUGAUAAAAACUGACAUGUUUUUAUAAAAACACUGCAAAGACACUAUUAUUCUUUUGUCACUGCUCAGCCCUUCAAGCCUCCAUGGGACUCUAUUGCAGCUGAGCCACUGGUAGCAGUCAGCUGCUGAACUAUAAACUGUGUAGGAAGAUGAAUGCCAUCAAAUGUGUUCUGGUGGGCGAUUCCGCUGUUGGGAAGACAGCACUUCUUGUUCGCUUCACCUCUGAGACAUUUCCAGACUCCUACAAGCCAACAGUCUAUGAAAAUACAGGGGUGGAUGUUUUCAUGGACGGGAACCAGAUCAGUCUUGGUCUUUGGGACACAUCAGGCAAUGACGCUUUUAAGAGCAUCCGCCCAAUUUCGUUCCAGCAUGCAGACAUUGUCUUAUUGUGCUUCUCUGUUAGUAACCAUACCUCAUUUCUAAACAUAAGGCACAAGUGGAUAGCCGAGGUCAAGCAACAUCUACCCCAUAUCCCUGUGCUGGUUGUGGCCACUCAGACUGACCAAAGGGAAAUGAAUAACAUGCGUGUCCCCUGCAUCAGCCCUGAGGAUGGUAAGCAGUUAGCACAAGACGUUCGAGCCAAAGGAUAUUUAGAGUGCUCAGCUCUUGGCAACCGAGGAGUACAACAAGUGUUUGAAUGUGCUGUGCGGACAGCAAUCAACCAGGCCAAGAAAAGAGCAAGACGGAAACGAUUCUCUGUCAAUGAGUGCAAAAUUAUUUGAGUGACAGUAUACAUUUCAUCUGCUGCGUACUGUAUAUAGUAGCAUAUAAAAUGCCACCUGAGCAGCUCUCCCUCAGCAACGUACACAUGACAUUGUGAAAUCUGGAACUUAUUAAGUUCACCAAAUAUGGAUCAGUUUUCUUACAGACAGAUGCUGUGGCAAGAUGGUAAUUUUUCUGUCUUGAAUAGGAUGAUAAAACAUGGAAACAGAAACGUUCUGGUGCAACAGGAAAUAUUACAGAAAUUGUGAUGUUGUAAAGAGCAUAUUUAUUAAUUUAAAUAAAAUACAUAUUGUCAGAAAAAAA